UCCGCCCCACCCCGAAGAAACAUCACCAGCAGUGUACCUAAAUCAGGAAGCAUUGAGACACGUUUUUGGACGAAGUCAGUCUGGUUUAAAAAAAAAAAAUAAUAAUAAUAACAUCAACGGCGAUUCGUGAAUGGAGAAAGAACAUUGUUGUUGUUGACGACCAUCGCUGGCUGAGGACUGACACUUGGUUACAUCCAGUACGAGGCUCCGCUGUGGAUGCAUUUGAUUCAGUGUAACCAGAGAACGUGUCUGUCAGCAGCAUGGGACAGAUUAUUCCAAAGAAGGCCUCUCUACCCACAGACAGCAAGGCUUCAUCACCUGAACCCAAAGUGAGCCAGAGUGUAGCAGCAACAGCAGCAGAACCUGAAUCACAAGAUGAAGUCUUCGGCCUGGGUGAGGCAGAUGUGAACCAGAACAAUGGCUGCAUCUCGGAGAAGCCGGCGGUGACUGACUCCACGGGCGCUGAGGGCCCCCACCAGCCCUGGACCCCUGCCAGCACAGCUGACCCUGACGCCGCCACGCCACGCCCCCACCUGGUCCGCCUCUUCUCCCGAGAUGCCCCGGGACGAGAGGACAACACCUUCAAAGACCGACCCUCCGAAUCGGACGAGCUGCAGACCAUCCAGGAGCACAGCGGAGCGGCUUCAGAGUGCGGGUCGGAGAGCCCCGAACAGGACCUAGAAUAGCCUAGCUUUUUUUCCCUCCCCUUUCCUCUCUUU